AUGCUUUUCUCUUGUCUGCUCACUUGGAAGGUCUUGGCCUCACGCCUGACUCGAGCCAAGUCCGCGCCGCGUUUCUCGUUUUGCAAGGAGAGGCGCGUUGACAAUGAGGAUUGCCUCAAGGGCCUGUCUCCGAAGUACCUGAAGGACAUCAGUGAACUGGGACCUGGUCAGUACCGUCUGAUGAAGAUCGGAAUCGGCAGCAAUUCGGUCGUGAAAGCCACAGCGCCCUCAUAUUCCAUAUGA